UCGACAGUGGAUCCGCGUUAGCUACCGAGGGAUGAAAGGCAGCAGCCUCCGCGAGACUCGUGGCGCAGAGGAAUACCUCGCGCCUACGUUUCUAUCCGACGACGAGGACCACGACGUGAACGUGGACAAGGACGUGGACGUGGACGUGGACGAGAACGGGGACGUGGAUGUGGAUAUCGACGUGGAGUGAUGCUGCGCGACGAUCGAUGACGCGCUCGUGACAGCGCGUUCGGAUUCGCGAGUUCGAGUGAUCCGCGAGUUCGAUCGCGUCGAACGACAGGCGAUAAGCCGGUGAAUCCUGCGAAUAGUGGACCCCACGAGCGAUAAUAUAACGAUCGGUCGAGUUUCGGGAGUUCUCGCGAUCCUGCGCCGCCGAUCGAUUUCCAGCUACGAUGAUGGACCGAGGUGCGUGCGAGUGAUAACUCCGGUCAACGGCGCGAUAAUCCGUCUAACGAUCAAUCUGGCAUCUCCGUCGGAUCGACAAUGAGAUCGUCGCGUGCAUCGUGAGUCUCAUCGGAUGCAGCAGAACGGCGGGGGUGGCGGCAGCGAGCCGGUUACGGGGAUGCCGAGGGGAUGCGAGGAUACCGCGAGAUGACGUUCUCCAUCGCGCUCGUCGUUCACUGACGCAAUCCCGGCCGGAUAACGAAGACGAUUGGCAGGAUGCUGCCGCGCGGGCUGCCGCUGAUCGUCCUCCUCGUGCAGCUGCGUCAUCGUGUCAUCUGGGCUUCCCUAGAGAGCACCGGGAUGUCCGAUAGAUUGGAGAACGUUACGCAGACAAUUUCGAGGAUACUCGACGGCUACGAUAUCCGAUUAAGGCCGAACUUUGGCGGUGAUCCAUUACGAGUCGGGAUGGAUCUCACCAUCGCGAGUUUCGACGCGAUCUCAGAAGUCAAUAUGGAUUAUACGAUAACUAUGUACUUAAAUCAAUAUUGGAAGGACGAGAGACUGGCCUUUUCGUACGAGAACGAAAUCCUGACAUUAAGCGGCGAUUUUGCGGAAAAGAUUUGGGUCCCGGACACGUUUUUUGCCAAUGAUAAAAAUAGUUUCCUGCACGAUGUCACCGAGCGCAACAAACUCGUUAGAUUAUCUGGUGACGGCUCGAUCACAUACGGUAUGAGAUUCACAACGACCCUGGCCUGCAUGAUGGACUUGCAUUACUACCCCCUCGAUUCGCAGAAUUGCACAGUCGAAAUCGAAAGUUAUGGAUACACGGUGCUCGACGUAGUAAUGUACUGGAAGGAUACUCCCGUUCGUGGGGUCGAGGAGGCGGAAUUGCCGCAAUUUACGAUAAUCGGCUACGAGACCAACGAUCGAAAGGAGAAGCUGGCGACGGGCAUCUACCAAAGGCUCUCGCUAAGCUUCAAGCUCCAGAGGAACAUUGGAUAUUUCGUUUUUCAGACGUACCUGCCAAGUAUACUAAUUGUGAUGCUCAGCUGGGUCAGUUUCUGGAUCAAUCACGAAGCCACCAGUGCGAGAGUAGCUCUCGGCAUCACGACCGUAUUGACUAUGACAACAAUAUCGACAGGUGUUAGAAGCUCACUGCCACGGAUCAGUUACGUGAAGGCCAUCGACAUCUACCUGGUGAUGUGCUUCGUUUUCGUGUUCGCGGCUCUGCUGGAAUACGCGGCGGUCAAUUACACGUAUUGGGGCGCCAGAGCGAAGAAGAAGACCAAGAAGAAAGAUACCGAUGAGAAAAAGAUACUAUCUUCUAAAACAGGGAGCAAAGCCAGCUCGCCUUACCCUGGCUCCACGGACGCGGAUAUCAUAGAGCUUCAAGACCUUAGAAUGUCGCCCCUGCCGAGCAUUAGAAAUAGGUCGGGCCUAGUGAGCGCUUCAUCGACACCGGGGGUCGGAAGGGAUCACGAUCCGGCCAAGUUUCCACCGAGCUUUCGUAUUUCCAGGACCGCCGCUUACAAUACGCACGGACGAAACAGCGGUCUCAGGUACAGAGGCCCGAGACCGCACAAGCCAAAGGUGUUACAUGCUCUACGUAGAGGAGCUUCCGUAUUACGUGUAUCGAUGCCGAAGAUCAAGGAUGUAAACGUAAUAGACAAGUACUCGCGGAUCAUCUUCCCGGUCAGCUUCAUGCUGUUUAACGCCGUGGGGAUCAAGAUCCACCGAAUACCAGCAGCAGGUGAUGAAAGUACUGAAUCGAAAGUACUGCCACGAAACAUUUAUCGAUAAAAAGUAGAACGGCGGGGGACUCGUGUGUGCCAACAGCGAAAUUUUCAUUAAUUAGAAAGUAUACAAAUAUACAUAGCAAUAAGAGCAAUAUGGACGAGCGACAAUAUGUUCCUAAUGAAGCAUGAUAGCAUUUGUCAUGUUCGUACGAGAAAGGUCAAUAAGUAUAUAUUGGGACGACAAAAUUUGCGAUGAUCUCGAGAAAUAAAACUGCGUCGGAAUGAGACAUUUGCGUCCGUGAUGAUAAAAGUGAUCUGUCAUACAUUUUUUCUCAAAAUAAAAUGUUUUCCGUGUAUCAAAAAGCUAUUCUUCUUUGUAUGUCAAGAAAUAUCUUAUUGAAAUAUCUUAUAAAGAUUUGACGCACUAUACUGAAAAUGAAUUUUUAAUCUGUUAAUUUUUUUGUAACGAUAAAUUCUGAUAAGAUGAUAUAUAACUGAAUAUUUUUUUAUAUUAGUAACUUGGGUUUACCUUAAUGAUCGCCGGUUCGCUUCAGUGUAACAUUAACGGAUCAAGUUAUAAGUUCACAUAAAUCAACUGAUGGAAUCGAAGAGAUUGUUAUCGAUGAUAAUAAAUUGUGAUUUGAAGAAAUAUAUUGAUAAUAUUAUCUAUAACGGAUUGGCAAUUAACAUCAUUCUUUCUAUACAUUAUAUAAUAAUUAUUCCCACAAUCGUCAUUUUCAGUCAUACAAUUUGCAGGCAUGGAUUAUAUCAUAUGUCAUCACGUACAGACUUGAAAAAUAUUUUUCUUAAAAACGUGCAAUAAAGAAGAACGUCAUGUAGAGGCAGUACAUUUGUGGCUUAACGACGAUUUCUAAAUAUAAUUUUAAGGAAUAAGUAAUGGCUAUAAAAAUAGUGAAUAAAUAAAUAUAAUAAUCCGGGCAAUUAAACACGUGUCUACCGUAAAUAGAUUUACAAAUAUACGGAAGUUUGCUUUCAUUAUUUUACAGUAAGUCGUACGUGCAAUUUCGAGAAAAAUCUUUAUUUUCAGAAGUAAAUAGUAUCUAUCAGACAGAAACCUAUGUAAGAUAAUCUCUAUUAACGAUUGGCUAAGACACAUAAUGAUUUACAGCGUAAGAAUGUCCAAACUUCCGUUUGACAAUUACGUUACAGAUAAAUAGAUUGAAUGGGCAUAUUUUUAACAAUCCAAUUUAACGUGAUUGUUUUUAUAAUUAGAUGUACAUGUAUAUAUAUAUAUA